CCUAGCAAGCACACUCCGUUUGGCUUCCCCCCCUUCUCCUCUGUCCGACUCUCUCUGCGACCUGCCUCUCAGUCUCUCCCUCAUAAACCCAAUCCUAACGUUGGUCUCUCUCAGACUCUCACUCCAUCCGAUCAAACUGCUAGGUACAUCAACCCCAGGGUUGAAUUGUAUGUACCAUGAAGAGGACAAUGCCAUGGAAUGAGCAGAUUGAUGUCAUAUCAUCAGAUGAAUCUUCUUCAUCGGAUGGAGAUAUUGAGAUUAAUGAUGGAGUUGAUGGGAAGCAACUGUCCCCUAAUAUUACACUUGAUCAACCUACAACAGAAAUGACAUCUGAGGGUAUGCUGAGCAGAAGAGCAGAAAUGUAUCAACAAUAUAUGAGUCAACUCCCCAUCCCAACACAUCAUGGCUCUGUCAUUCCAUUUUCAUCUUGGGUGGGAUUAGGCAAAUCAAUUAAGCAAUUAUAUGGGCAACCUUUGCAUUACCUCACCAACAUUCAUCUAAAAGAGUGGGAUCAUCUGAGAGCUGCUAGUGAGGAUGAACAAAAGCCCUUGGAUAUUGUGAUUCAUCCUUGUAAGGCUGAAGCAACCAUUUGGCUUGUUGAAGAAAUUCACAGGCGUACCUCAUCUCAUCAUCAUAUAGCUAAACUUUGGCUGAAGGAUCCAAUGCACCAUUCUUUUGUUGACUCCAUUUUCCCAAAAUUAUGAAGCAUUAUCAUCAUGGGCCUUUUUUAUGUCUGAGGUACGGGCUGUGAUUUGUAUAUUCUGUAUAUGAAUUGAACUAGAAACUCUUGUUUUUUUU